UGUGGCAACUUCGGCCAUUUUCGUCUGAAAGAGUUUUGUUAAGAGUGUUAUUCCAUUGAAUCUUUAUCAAAAAUGCUACUUUUUUAUUCGGUUGGUUGGCGCUAGAAGCUGUUUGUUUUUCAAUAUAAACAUUUUCGAAUCUACAAUAAAGAUUUAUAAGAUAUAAAUGUGAGAUUUUAUCAUCGGUACAUUUCGCUGGAAUUAUAAACAGAAAAGGUCCAUUUAGAGUAUAUUAAAAUGGACACUAUGGAUCCUCGUUUAAUUGCUCAAGCACUUAACUAUCAUGGACAACAGCUUCAAAAGAUUUGGGAAGGUGAACGCAAUGAAUCAGAACUAGCAAUGCUUAAUUUGAAGGAACCAAAUUUUGAAAUUUACCAACAACGCCAGAAAACAUUGAGUUUUAGCGAUAGAGGGAAGAGGUUAAAAUUGCAGCAAUUUUUGGCUAAAAAAGCAGAUACAUUAUAUGAUAAGUCAAAUCUUCUUAAAGUUGCAGAAGCCAUUAAACAGGAGCUUGGCGAUGAAGAAUUUUAUGCCACAAUGCCUGGUUUGGAUUCAUUUGUAGCCAUGGAAAAAUCACAACGCAUAAGAAAUUUUUUAGAGAGUUUAAUAGUAGGUGAUGUUAUUUUUGCUCAAGUUAUGGGAAAAAGUGCUGCUGGGCUUUUACUGAAGGUUCUUUGUAAUUGUAGUGAUUUUCCUAGAGUAGUUUCUGAUCUAGGUGUAAAGGCUCUGAUUUUAAAUACUGCCACAGUACCAGCAGUGGAUAAAAAGGGUGUUACUCGAGGCUAUAUGGCUAAUGAUCUAGUCUGUGUUGUUGUUGGGGAAGUUAAUGUUGAGGCUGAACGAGUGGUAGCAGUUAUGAAUGUGCCUGCUCGUGAAGGUCAAGCUCCGCACCCCCCUAUGGGACUGGUACAUCCAGAAGAUUUGCCCGAUGCUUACAAAAAAGCUAUGGACAACAAAGGGCAAAGCUAUGAAACAAUCAUGGAAAACAGUACUGGAUUCAACAAUCCCAACAACAUAAAGUAUCUGUUAGAUUUGAUGGGCUUGGGUCAAUUGAACUACUCGAACAUGGUAGGCUUGAGGGAGCGAUUUCCACAAAACGAGUACGCCAGCGAGUUAAGGCAAGCGCAGGCCAGUAAAUGGGCUUUCCGCAGCGUGGCCGAAGGUAUCGACCACUUCAAAGCUGGCCGUCAUUCCGAAGCAUUCCAAUGCUUAAAUAAAGCCCUCACAGUCGAUCCUAGAAAUGUCGAGGGACUCGUCGCUCGCGGUGCUUUGUACGCAAACAGCGGCAGCUUCAAGAAGGCCAUCGAUGAUUUUGAGACGGCCCUCAAGCUGAAUUCCAGUCAUGCGAACGCGCGUAAGUACAUGGCAGAAACUCUGGUCGCCUUGGGGCGAAGCUACGAGGACGAGAAGAAAUACGAGGAAGCCUUGAAGGCUUACGAGAAUUGCCUGAACAUAGCGCCUUAUCAUGAAGAGGCCAAGAAUUCCAUAGAAUACAUCAAGAGCAAGACCAACUUAAAUUCGAGUCUGCCAGCGGCGGUACUCGAGCCAUUCAAGGCCUUUGAGAGCGAGGCUGCCGAGGUUGAGUCCAAGAAGGAGAAAAAGAAGCGCAAAAAAGAAAGAAAGUCACGCUCGAAGAAGCGCCAACGAUGGAGUUCGAGCUCGAGCUCAGGCUCAGAUGAUGGCUCGUCGAGUAGCAGCAGCAGCGGUUCCGAUUCGUCGGCAAGUUCAAGCUCCUCAGGUGGCAGCUCGCGCUCUAACUCGCGUUCGCCCGGCAGAGGUGGCAAGAAGAAGCACAAAAAAGAUCACCACGGUUCGUCCCUGUCGCCGCUGUCCAAGCGCAUGGCUCAAUACAACAAUCCACCGUCGGCCGGUGUGGUCGCCCAGGCCCAGCUCAACACCCACGACAUUUUAGCUCCCCAGCUAUACACCAGUGGUGCCCGCGAAAAGGAAGACUAUGAAGCCAAAGUUCGCAAAUUCUUAGAGCAAACCAAGGAUGACUCCGAUUACGAGGAGAAAGUGAGAAAAUUCUUGGAAGAGACAGCUCGCUGGAAGCGAGACAAAGAGAAAGAAAAAAAACAUCAGGUUGAAGAAAAAAAGAUGAAGAAAAAGAAAAAGGAGAAGAAAGUGAAGGAUAAGGAAAAGGAGGAGAAGAAGCUCCGUAAGAAAAAAAAGAAGGAGGAACGCAAAAAGCGUAAGAACAAGGACAAGUUAGAGCGAGACUUACAAACGUCUCUACCGGAUCUUGAACAGCUCGAGUCCAAACUCAAAUCAUACUAUGCUAAAGUCGAAAAAGAAACGGCCGUUAGCAAAAGCAAUGCCGAGAAGCUGGGCGAUCGCCGGGAGGACGACAUGCGCCGUGAUAGAGACGACGUGUUUAAGACGUACCACGAUAGGGACUCCAGACUGACGAUACCACCACUGAGAAAAGACGUACAGCGCAAGCCUUUCUCGGACAUGUUUGAGCAAGACGCACAGCUGCUGCACUCCGAACCCAAAGUACCGAGCAUAGACGCUGGAGCCCUCAACGCCAAGUGGAAGGCGGCUCAAGUCUCAAAGCAACGCGAGCAGCAGAAGUGGCAAGAGGUCGGUGCCGAAAAGAAGAGCAAGUCGAUGCUCGACAUGGACGACGAUGAGGGAGACGUACAUCGGCCCCUAGACAAGUCCCUGAACAUCCGUAAGCACAUGCAGCGUGAGAUGGCGGAGAAGCGAGCAAUCCAGCAGCAGAUGGCCAUGCCAACUCCACCGCCACCGCCGCCAAAGGAAUCGCCGCUGAAGUCACAGGCUCCGGUCAAGUACCCCACGCCGCAGCCGCAGCUCAAAUACUCUCACCCACCGCCACCGCUGCCGCAGCAACAGCAUCAACACCAACAACAACAGCAGUCGUCGAGCAGCAAGUUUUCCAGCAGUCUCGGCAGCAAAUUCCAGCCAAUCGGCCAGAGUCGCGACGACGGCAAGCAGCUGGCCAAGGGUGGUUCGCGCUCCGGCUCGGAGAGCCCGCGUGCUGGUAGGCGAGGUCGACCGGGACCCGAGGGUCCGGGCCUCAAGGGCGGCUCACGAUCACGCUCGCGCAGCGCCUCCAGCUCGGGCAGUUCGCGCUCGCGCUCCAAUCGCUCGGGCGCAGGCCGGCGCUCACGCUCGCGCUCCUACUCUGGUCGGCGCUCUGGCAGUUUCGAGCGCGGCAAGUAUUCGCGCUCGGCCUCGGGCAGCUACUCCGGACGAUCGCGCUCACGCUCUCGUUCACGCUCCCGGUCGUACUCGCGCUCGCGCUCACGUAGCCCCGAGCGCGGCUACUAUCGCAAACGCCAGUUCAAUAACCGACCGUUCAACCAGCGCGGGACCUACUACAAGCCGCGCUUCCAGCCGUUCAACAACCAGAACCGUGGACCCCCGGGUGGCAACUUCCGCGAUAACCGCGGCGGUCAGAACCGCUUCUACAACAACCAGAACCAGAACCGCUUCGACAAUCGGCGCGGCGGCCAGAACCGCUUCCACCAUAACCAGCGCGGUGGCGGCAACAUGAUGAACCACCGGGGCCGCGGUAUGAACAAUCGGGGUGGGCGUUACUUCCACAACCGCAACAAUUUCCGCGACAACUUCCGCGAGCGGCGCGACAAUUUCCGCGAGCGACGGGGCUCGCGCGAGCGCUUCAGCAGUCGUAGCCGCAGUCGCAGCCGUAGCCGCAGCCGUAGCUACUCACCCGAUCCCAUGCGCAAAGUGGAUGAAGCCAAGGAAAAGAUCAACCGCAUGCUGGAGGAGGGUGAAGAGCGCAGGUCGCGCUCGCGCUCGGGCAGCCGCUCGAGGUCUCGCGGCGCCGAGCGAGAACGGCCUACCGCCGGUAGAUCCAGAUCCAGGGAGCGCGAGCGGUCGGGCUCGAGAUCGCAUGCCCGGGAAAGCCGACCCUCGCGCGACGAGUCAUCUGCCGGCAAGAGGCGCCCGGAGCCGACCAUGAGUGAACACGAGGACCGCGAGGAGGAGAUCGACUACGAGCACUGGGGCGAAGGCGAGGACCUCAGUGGCAAGGACGAAUCGGCGCGGCCCGAAGACGGGGACGUUGUUCUCGAAGACAAAGAGGGUUUUCUCCAACGCAUGAAGCAGCGCAGUCAAAACGUCCUGAUCAAGAGAGCCAUCGAGGCUAGGACGUGGUACCGACCGACCUCGCCCUAGACAGGCACCCAACACUGCAUCCGCACCAGAGAACUUGCCCAGCGCUUCGCGUCAUGACUGACUAUCGACUAUGUCUGUUUCUUUAAUUUUUCACGUUUCUUUCUUCCUUUCCUUCGUUUGCCUCCCUCCUCAGACAUCAUCUCGGUCCUCGUAGCCGUGCGACGACGAUCAUCGUUACAAAUACACUAAAGGCGCGCCUAUUUAAUUGUAAAAAUGCUUGACACCUAAUUUCGCUUCUGUAUACCGGGUGCUUCUCGGCACUUGUUCACCAACACUACUAAUUCAUGUCAAGAGAUAUGUAUACAAACAUUUUGCGUGCUUUAGCUGUUAUCUGUAUCUAUCUCGAAUGGUUUGAAUAAACUUUGAAA